GCUUCAUGUUCUUUCUCAUUGUUGUAUAUAUAUGUGAGUCUACCAAUUCUAUUACAGCCCAACUCUCUAUCUCUGUCUCUCUCUCUACACUGCAACUUUUUCUAACAAGAGUUUGGCAAUAUGGGUAGCCUGGAUGCGGAGAGAACAACAACAGGGUGGGCAGCAAGAGACCCAUCUGGGGUUCUCACACCCUAUACCUAUACUCUCAGGAACACAGGACCAGAAGAUGUUUUCAUCAAGGUGAUUUGCUGUGGAAUUUGCCACACUGAUAUUCACCAGAUCAAAAAUGAUCUUGGCAUGUCCAAGUACCCCAUGGUUCCGGGGCAUGAAGUCGUUGGUGAGGUUGUGGAGGUAGGAUCAGCUGUGACCAAGUUCAGGGUAGGAGAUCGUGUUGGAGUGGGAGCGAUCGUUGGAUGCUGUAGGAGUUGUCGCCCGUGCAAAUCGGACAUUGAACAGUACUGCAAAAAGGUGGUGUGGUCCUACAACGAUGUCUACUCCGAUGGGAAACCCACCCAGGGAGGCUUUGCUGGCGCUAUGGUCGUCGAUCAAAAGUUUGUGGUGAAAAUACCAGAAGGGAUGGCAUCAGAACAGGCAGCUCCACUACUAUGUGCAGCAAUAACAGUGUACAGCCCACUAAACCAUUUUGGGUUGAAAGAGAGUGGUCUAAGAGGAGCCAUAUUGGGGCUUGGAGGGGUUGGACACAUGGGUGUGAAGGUAGCAAAAGCAAUGGGCCAUCACAUAACUGUGAUAAGCUCUUCAGACAAGAAGAGAGAGGAGGCUCUGGGACACCUUGGUGCUGAUGAGUACCUGGUCAGUUCAGACAUGACUCGGAUGCAAGAGGCUGCUGACUCACUUGAUUAUAUCAUUGACACAGUGCCUGUCUUUCACCCUCUUGAGCCUUAUCUCUCUUUGUUGAAAGUUGAUGGAAAGUUGAUUUUGACUGGUGUUAUCAACACCCCACUGCAGUUUAUCACCCCUAUGGUUAUGCUUGGGAGGAAGACCAUCACAGGGACCUUCGUAGGGAGCAUGAAAGAAACAGAGGAAAUGCUUGAGUUCUGCAAGGAGAAGGACCUCACUUCCAUGAUUGAACUGGUGAAAAUGGAUUACAUCAACACUGCUUUUGAGAGAUUGGAGAAGAACGAUGUCAGGUACCGGUUCGUCGUCGACGUCGCAGGCAGCAAGCUUGAUCAGUAACUUGAAAAUCAAACACAACUAUAAAGAUACAUUACUCAAAUUUCCAUGAAAUUUUACACCUUCUAUGUAUUUGAAUAUUUUGUUCUUAAUUUGGUGGUGUUGUGAGGUUGAGAUUCUCUCCGUUAUAUUUCACUCGAUUUUUUUGAAUAGUAGGCCGUGAAUUUAAGUGAGGUCCACUAAUUAUAAGUGGGUCCCACGUCUAUUCAGGGUAAGUGGUUUACAAUUGAGUGAAUGUUUAAUCGAGAGAAUUUGAAUCAAGUGUUACUGUGUUGUGGGAGAGAGUGAUGUGUUUCAUUUUCUUUGUUCCAUUUCCCUCGGUGAGAAAGACAAGCUCUUAUUUUCGAUGUAGUUUCUUGGAUAGUAAUGUUAUUAACCCUUUUUUGGUGGUUGUUUUAUUCCUUGGUGGUUGUCUUUGGUACUUGAUAGUGAAAGAUACCUAACUUGAUUUUGAU